CGUUCCCCUCCCGACCUGUUGCGGGAACCUUUGUGUCUCUCUCCCGAGGCUGGGUAGGGCGGGGACGGGUUCGAAGAGAGCUGCCGGGAACGGACCGAGUGGCGGGGCGGAGCGGUGUUUGCCAUGGCUGCUACAGUGAACUUGGAACUUGAUCCCAUCUUUCUGAAAGCACUAGGUUUCUUACACUCAAAGAGUAAAGAUUCUGCUGAAAAGCUAAAAGCUUUGCUCGAUGAGUCUUUGGCUCGGGGCAUUGACUCAAGUUAUCGUCCAUCUCAAAAGGAUGUGGAACCACCCAAAAUUUCAAGCACAAAAACUCUUUCUAUCAAGCAAGAGCCCAAAGCAUCAUCUAGUCUCCCUUCUGCCAAUAGUAAUGGCAAAGUCCUCACAGCUGAAAAGAUAAAGAAGGAAGCUGAGAAGAGACCUGCCGAUAAGAUGAAAGAUGUCACUGAAGGAGUUGACAUUCCAAAGAAGCCUAGAUUAGAGAAAGCAGACACACGGUCCUCUCCUAUCACGGUCCAGACCAGCAAGGAUUUAGCCAUGGCUGACCUCUCUAGCUUUGAAGAAACUAGUGCUGACGAUUUUGCCAUGGAAAUGGGACUGGCCUGUGUUGUUUGUCGACAAAUGACGGUGGCAUCUGGAAACCAAUUAGUAGAAUGUCAAGAGUGCCAUAACCUCUACCACCAAGACUGCCAUAAACCCCAAGUGACAGACAAAGAAGUAAAUGACCCUCGCCUGGUGUGGUACUGUGCCCGAUGUACCAGACAAAUGAAGAGAAUGGCUCAGAAAACUCAGAAGCCACCGCAGAAACCAGCACCCACUGUUGUUUCUGUGGCUCCAGCUGUCAAGGAUCCAUUAGUUAAGAAACCCGAAACCAAACUUAAACAAGAGACAACCUUCCUAGCAUUCAAGAGAACAGAAGUUAAGCCAUCCACAGUUAUUUCAGGAAAUUCUUCUAGUAACAACGUGUCCUCUUCAGUAACUAGUGGCCUAACUGGAUGGGCAGCUUUUGCAGCCAAAACUUCUUCAGCUGGUCCAUCAACAGCAAAAUUGAGUUCAACCGCACAGAACAAUAGUGGAAAACCUGCUGCCUCAACAGCUAACCAGAAACCUGUGGGUUUGACUGGUCUAGCAACAUCAUCCAAAAGUGGAAUAGGUUCCAAAAUAGGUUCUGGUAACAGCACUAGCCCCUCUGUCCCAUUAAAGCCACUUCCACCUCUAACCUUAGGCAAGACUGGACUGAGUCGCUCAGUUAGCUGUGAUAAUGUCAGCAAAGUAGGUCUUCCCAGUCCUAGUAGUUUAGUUCCUGGAGGCAGCAGCCAGUUGAGUGGGAAUGGAAAUAGUGCUGCAUCAGGGCCCAGUGGAAGCACCACCAGCAAAACCACGUCUGAGUCCAGCAGCAAUCCCUCAGCAUCGCUUAAAGGUCCAACAUCGCAAGAAUCACAGCUCAACGCUAUGAAGCGAUUACAAAUGGUUAAGAAGAAAGCUGCCCAAAAGAAACUUAAGAAGUAAUUAUGUCCAAAUAGGUUUUUAUAUCACAUUACUCUAAAGAUUAAAAAAAAAUCAUUAUUGGAACAAAAGAUGUAACAUACUGUAACUUAAUAAAAAUUUUAUGAUCAAA